GAGAUGGAUGCGAGGCGACUGUCUACCGGCUUUGCAGUGAGUGAGAUGGAGGCCGGUGGAGAUGAAGAGGCUUUGGAAGAGAGCGCCGAGUGCCAGAGACUCACUGCAGAGAGAGAUUAUGCUGAAAGGCAACUCAAGCACAUUAAACGAGUUUCCCAAAUGGUGAUCGAAGAGGUGAACGUAUUGCAGACCCAGCUUGAGAUUGAAAAGUCUUGCCGGGAAAAUGCAGAGGCUCUGGCAACCAAGUUAAACUGUGAGAACAGGAAGCUGAAGUAUUUGAGUCUGUCAUCACGGCCCUGUCUGGAUGAGCUGCUGCCCAGUAUUUCUGAUUGCAUUUCCCUAGAAGAGGAGACCGACCAACAAGAUCACAGCCCUGACCCCUUUUCUCAGUACAAACAGCAGGUCAAAGAUCUCCAAGAAACAGUGAGUUCUUUGCUGGAGGAAAAAAAGCAGUUGGCUUGUCAGCGUCAAGAGCAGCAGAGACAGAUAGAAGAGUUGACAGCACUUACUGAAAAGGAGCAGGCCGAGAUGAAGGAGCUUCAUAAAACCAUCGAGCAGCAAAGCAAAACCAUUAAGAGGUUCAACAGAGUAUCUAUGAUGGCCACUCAUGAGUAUGAACACAUGAAGGACCAGCUGGAUUUGGAGCAGAGUCUCAGGCAGAAAGCAGAGACCUAUGCACAUGAGAUGCAUGUAAAGCAAAAAGAAGCCAACAGACAGAGCACGAUUCUAAUGCACCAGACAGAUCCCAGCAUUCAGCUACUCAAAGCUUUAGAAGAUGUGGCCAAUGUGACCAAAAAAUUAGAAGAAGAGAGAAUCAAACACCAGGAGAAGGUAAAGGCUCUGGAGGCUGAACUGGAGGAAUGUGCUUUGCAUAAGCAGUUAGUUCAGCUACAGAGGCAACUAGAGGUAUUAGAUGAGGUAAAGAGAGAGACAGAGGGAAGACUGCAUGAGCAAGAAAAGAAAAACAGCAUUUUGAAAAAGAAAGUUAAAGAGCUGGAAGAGGCGAGGCAGAGCUGUGUUUCAGCAUCAAGCCCCUCCCCUGGGACGGCUCCUCCUCCUGCCCCUCUUCCUCAACCUCCUCCACCUCCCCCACCCCCUCCUCCUCCUCCUCCUCCACCUCCUCCCUCCCGCUGCAACCCCCUCAGUUCUCUAAUUGCAAUUAUGAGGAAAUCUUCCAAGGGAGGUAAAGGAUCCCCGAAACUAGAGCAAGCCCCAGCAAAUGAAGCAGUGGAGGAUGUCAAAGUAAAAGCUGUCAAUGAAAUGAUGGAGAGAAUUAAACACGGGGUAGUUCUCAGGCCUGUGAAGGGUCAGGACACUAAGAGAUUUGCAACAAAGCAGCCGAGCCCAGCAGCAGAGGAAAAGCAGCAAGAGAGUGCAAUGGAAGAGCUAAAAGGCAUUCUGGAGACAGUAAAGAAGAGUCCCAGUCGUGGAUUCCAGGAAACGGUUCAUGCUAAAAAAGACAGUGAACUGGAAGUGAUUCUGAGGAGGAGACGCAAACAGGCCUGUGAUCGGAACACAGAGGAUGAUGGGCAGCUGAGCAAAGUCUCCUCAUCAAACAGUCUGAAUGCACGGCACAGUUCUGACUCAGGCAAAGACACAGAAGGGCCAGGCAGCAGCUCACUCUCAGGCAGUGAGCGUGGAUCGAGAACCAGCUCAGAAUCUGGCCGAGAGCCAGCUGUGACCCAACAAAGCUCUGAUUCUGGCACAGAGUCCAAAGGAGCCAGUCAGGCAGACAAUGCCUGCAGAACUCUUUUUGAGAAAGAGUCCUCUGAGCCUGUCACUAACGGAUGCUGUUCAGGUGAAGUAAAGGAUGGAGAUCCUGAGAAGUGGGCAGGGCCCAAUGGGACUGGCCAUACAGCUGCAAGUGAUGACCAGCAUACCACUAUCAGCUCCUCUGCACAAAGCUCCAAUGCAGCAAAUGGGAGCACAGAUGCCGAGUGUUAACAGCAAGAAGCCCUGCAAGCACAGCUGCUUUAUUUGCACAAAACCAUGCUUUCUAAAUGUAUUUAUUCCAAAUGAAAACAAAUCAAUUCAUAUUUUACAGUAAAUUAAAACAAACCGAUGAUUUCAUAAUUUGCAAAUAGUUUUUGGAAAACCUAAGUUCAUUAACAAUGACACAUUUAACACAGAAGAGCAAGUAAAAUUCAGAAAACAUCACAACAUCAUACCAGACGACAGGUGUUUUUUUUUCUUUCGCUGUAAAUAUACUGUAUCUGCCUUUUGCUCCUUUAAAAGUAACAGGGGGUUUACAUAUUUGAGACUUUCAUGCCAUACACUUUUCUACUGCAAAUUCAUUCUACAUGAUAGUUGCUGUGAUUUUGGCUUCAUCUUGGAUUCAUAUUUUUAACAACCGAGUCACGUUUCCUUAAAAAUGCAAGCAAGGAAACUUAAUAACAUAAUAUAAUGCAGCAAAACAAUCCUGCAACACUGCACUUCACAUUAUGGUGCAUUUGCUGUUAUAAACUAGGGUCUUUGAUUCAGUGUCAGUACAAUCCAAAUUCAUCUUAAGAUGUAAUUAUAAGCCAUGCGAGUGUUUCUGCUUAUCAAGGAUAUACAAUAAAGAGGAACAAUGGUGGCCUGUUCUACCUCUUAAGAUACACUCACCUCUUGAGGAUUUCAAAUUGUACAGAUCCUAAAUGAAAAUACCAUCAGAUAAUGGAGAGUUAACCACCCAUGUCUUCCAUCUGUUUCCAAACUUUGCACUGCAUGAUUGCACUAAAAGAGCAUUUUGGCAUUUCUUAAUCAGAUUUGUGCUCACUAUUUAGCAAUUCCAUCACAUUAUUAUCAGCAAAUUUUAAUAUUGUGCAGGAUGAGGCUGCCUUUAAUAACAGCAAAUAAUUGCCUUGUGACUCCUCUUGACUCUAUUAAGUGGAUCAUGUUAAUGUUAUGGUAAUGUGGGCAAUAUUAAUGAUACAGUAGGUCUCUGGCCUUCUCAGUCUUGUUUUUGCGGCUGCUGUAUUGUCAGCUUUAGUCCAGCAAACCACCAGGUUUGGUUUGAUAUCAAGCUGAAGUGUGACAGAUCAGCUUCUGAACAACUGCAAUAAAAUUUGACUUGGCCAAUAACUGUAAAUGCUGAAUGAAUGUGGUUGGAAUUAUGCAUCAUGUGUCAGAAAAUCUCAAAUCGGAUAUAAGGAAUACCCACUGGAAAACAAACAACCCAAGUUAAUGUGACACAUUCACAUUCUUUUUGAAGAUAGGAGACAUGUUGAUGAACUUAAAAUCGCUCCUUAAUUUCUUACCACCUCUGGAAUGUGUUUUGGCCUUACUGUAUGCUCCGUUACUUCCUUUUCAGCCUUAUUGGAGUGUAGGCUUGAUUUUGUAUAAUGAAUCUGAGAGGUGACUGAUCUGACUUGUGAUCUUGAAAUGAGUGUGUUUUGAAGCUUCAAACUGAGUGUACCUGUUUUUAUUUGAAUUUAAAUAAACCUCCGUCUUAAACAUACCUUUUAAA